UUAUCUAAAACAUAUACUAGUAAUACUUUCAACGAAGAAAACUUCUUCGACUUCUGAAGAGAAACAUAUUAUAUUAACACUGGCUCUCUGGGUUUAUAAUCGAGGGAAGAUGUCCAGCCUAAAACUUUACUGUGCCUGGUUCUGCCCCUUUGCACAGAGGGCAUGGAUAGCUUUCUUGGAGAAAGGAAUACCCUUCCAAUACGUGGAGAUCAACUCGUACGAGAAGCCUCCAGAGCUUAUGGCCGUAAACCCCAAUGGUCUGGUACCGGUGAUCGUGCUUGAGAACGGAAAGUCUGUGUUCGAGUCUGCAGUUUGCAUACAGUACGUGGACGAACUCGGACCAGAAGGUAAACAAAUCCUGCCUAAGGAUCCUUUCGAAAGGGCACAGGUCCGGAUGUGGAGCGACUUCAUUUCCUCUAAGUUAGUUCCACCUUUUUACAGGAUGUUGGCUGCACAGGAAACGGAACAACAGGAAAAAAUUAAGCUGACACUGUUAGAAGAUUUAGCCACGUUUUCGGACGCCAUUGACAAUGACGGUCCUUUCUUCAGCGGUAAAACGUUUGGGAUGGUUGACAUAAUGUUGUGUCCAUUCACCCUCCGUUUCGGUCCUGUUUUAAAGCACUUCCGAGACUUCGAAGUUCCAGACACUGACCGCUACCAGAAAUUACAUAAGUGGAUGGCUGCAUGUCAUUCUCAUCCAAGUGUCGUACCCACGAUAGCAGAGAAGACGAAGAUCACUGCGGUGUACCGAUACUACGCGGAGAAUCUUUCCAAGGCUGAAACGGCAGCCGCAGUGAAACAACUCAGCGGGCUGUAACGAUUGACGCCGGUGAUUGGUCAUGCUCACAAAGCUCAUGGAGUCAUUUUCGCCGGAAUGUUAUGUGCUAUUAGACUAUUUAUAUAUCUCACAUUAUAUGUUAUGUUAUUACAUAAUGCGUUAGAUUUUCCUUAACUCUACACGUAAGCUAUACAUGUAUUUUGAACUAUUGCCGGCUAAACUGACUAUUGCACGGUCACAUGCGGGCUACUAAACACCUGUGAUGCUUUGGAAUUCGGUCACGUGCGAACUAUUGAACACCUCUGACGUUUCGGAAUUUCGUCCUACCCUUGCAGUAGUCCAGAAUAUUUGACACGAGGUACUGGUAAUCGACCGAUGUUCUAUUGCACGAGGCCGAAGGUCAUGAUAUAUUUGUAUAAUAGACUAUAUUUAUAUAUCUCACGCAUGUAUGAUAUAAAAGGGAUAUCAAAAAUCUGCGGGAUUCCCUGGGAUAGAGGUAGUCAUGUCUUUACGUAUCAUUUGAGCUGCGAUUUCCUGUUGUUAUAUACCACAAAUUGUAAAGACGCGUCGAAUAUAUCGCAUCGUCAUCAUCAUCAUCAUCAUCGGUGGAACAUGGAAUAUAUAGCUACGCAAGCCAGUUUACUUCCUCUUCGCAAGUGCCUGUAUCCGGUGCACUGAUGAUGUAUGGUGGAAAUGUGCAACAAAAUUGAGGGCAUUGCUCUAUUGUGAUAGGGCUACCCUGCAUAAAGUGAUGACGUCAUUUUAUUGUGAGUCGUGACAUUUUUUUUUUUUUUUUUAGAAUGAAUAUUGUCUGAGCUAUACCUUUCACUUUGGUAGGGAAAGACAUGAAGUCCAGCCUUUCGCUCUGGAACGGAACCAUGACAACCAAAACAAUCAUGUCACGUCAACAUUGUCUUGCAUUGAAUCAUUCACUCCAUCGGGAAUGAGACAGAGGGACAUCAAACCUCGAAUAAAGAUUCUGUAAAAUAAUAAAAGUAUAAUUGAGUCAGUGAUUUUCUAUGUAUAAAUCUCCAUAACCUUGCUGCCUUGUCAAGUUACUCCCUGCUACAGCACUGUCUCAAACUUGAUACUUAAUUAUACCUUUGAUUUAUUUGUUGCUUGUAUUACUUACAUUAAUGACCAAUCAUAUAAUGAUGCAAUGGUUUCUUCUAAUAAAAUACGUUUAACCCUUAUUUGAAGAUUAACAAACGUUUUCUUUCGAUACUUUUUUUUUCUACAGAUGUAUGGUAUAAAUAUGCCUAAAUAUACUGUAUUUCCAGCAUGUUCCAGUAUAUCAACUAGGAAUUGUUAAACUACUAGGAUGGAGUUCUCGAAUGUUGUAAUGCUAUUGCCCAUAAGAAAGAAAUAUAUACCAAAUGGUAAAAUUGUUCAUGUAUAAUUAAUUGUUGUUUGGCGUUACUAUUGUGGCACGCGCAAAGAGCUAUAUGAGUGGGCCGGUAGAUAUCACAGAGUGUACCAAGCGAGGUAACUCCUGUCUAUGGUAAGGUAUUUUUGUAUAGUUUUCCGGAUAAUGUAAUUUUAGAUUUAAUAGUUUUAUACUGUAAAUUCAUAUUUAUAACCUUCGAUGAACCGUGAAGUCGGACUCGGGGGAAAAUAAGUUGUAUUUCGUAGUUUAAGGAACAUUUAAAUAUUUCUGAACUUGUGUGAGCCACGCAAUGCGGAGUCACAAGAAACUAAUUUGAAAUAGGUAUAGAUCAAAACAUUAUCAUGCAUAACCUGCGCUGAACCGUGAAAUCGGUCCCAUAGGAAACUAGAGAAAUGUGUAGGGAUUAGUUAAAUCUUCAUCGUAUAACCUGUUGUGAGUCGUGAAUUCGAACCAUCAAGAACAUAACUUAACUGUAUGAUUCAUCUUAAAUAAGUUAACGGUAAGCUCAAGGGCAUGUUUCUUUAUUGGUAAAUUGUUCUUAGUAGUUCUGAUAGCUACAUUUUUCCACUAGGAUUUUUUUAUUGUAGCAUAGAACGACUCGACUUAUAUGUUUUGGUGACGAAAUUGUAUCCCUGUGAAUUUUAUGUAAUUUCAUGUAAUUGAAUAAACUCCAUCCUGACAAUUUA